UCGACCUGAGCUUGGCAGUCAAACAAUCGAACAAAAGCCAGUCGCUUCGUGCUAGAGGUCUUGUUGCAAGCCGGGGCAUACAUUUUGCGUUUUUGCAGUGCAAUUUGCUACAGUUCGUGACGGCAUUUAGGGAUUUUUCGAAGCGCAGUUUCGUGUUAUAUUUUGCGAUAUUUGUUUCAUCUGGCGGGUGCUUUAGUGUCUCGUCACGGAGGCGCACCGGUUCCCUUAGCACGGCUUAAUGUCUAGUGGUGAAUUUUGUGACAGUUCCGCCGUCGAUCCCCCAGCCGCCAAAAAGCGGAAACUGCCUUCAUCGCCCACGUCUUCGUCGUCGUCGUCGUUGUCGACUUCCUCCACUGCAGCAACAGCAGCAGCAGUAGUAGCCGGACAGCAGCAGCAACAACAACGCCAACUAGAAGAAGAUUCAGUAGCAGUUGUAAUGGCGACGGCAAACAACAAUGGAUCAACACCGUUCGAAGGUAUUGCUGGUCAGGAAAUUGAUGAGGGACUCUACUCGCGACAGCUCUACGUCCUUGGGCAUGACGCGAUGCGUCGGAUGGCCCGCUCCGAUGUGCUAAUCUCCGGACUCGGCGGUUUGGGUGUGGAAAUAGCUAAAAAUGUUAUCCUUGGUGGUGUGAAGUCUGUCACUUUGCAUGACAAAGCGCUUUGUUCGCUGGCGGAUCUGUCAUCGCAGUUCUAUCUCACGGAGGCUGAUGUUGGAAACAACCGGGCCGAGGUCAGCUGCCGCCAGUUGUCCGAGUUGAAUAACUAUGUGCCUACCACCGCCUACACAGGAGAGCUCACCGAAGAGUUUCUCCGCAAAUUUCGGGUUGUGGUGCUCACUUUGACACCCCCCGUGGAACAACAUCGGAUUGCGGAGAUAACCCAUCGCCACAACAUUGCCCUCAUCACGGCGGAUACCCGGGGUCUUUUUGCGCAAAUUUUCUGUGACAUGGGAACCAAUUUCACCGUGUAUGAUGCAACUGGAGCCAAUCCGGGUUCGGCCAUGGUAGCUAGCAUUACCAGCGAUGUGGACAGUAUUGUAACAUGUUUGGACGAGAACCGUCACGGUUUCGAAGACGGGGAUUACGUUACCUUCACCGAGGUUGAAGGUAUGGUCGAACUGAAUGGAUGCGAUCCCAUCAAGAUCAAGGUUUUGGGACCGUAUACUUUUAGCAUCGGAGAUACUUCACAAAUGAGCAGCUAUGUACGCGGUGGAAUCGUCACUCAGGUCAAGAUGCCGAAACAGAUGACAUUUAAGUCGCUUGCCGAAGCGGAAAACGCCCCGGAAUUUGUCUGUCCCGAUUUCUCCAAGUGGGACCAUCCGCAGAAUACCCAACUAGCAUUUACUGUUCUUGGGCGAUACCAGGAGAAGAACGGACGACUUCCACGUCCCUGGAACGGUGAAGAUGCUGUUGAGUUUGUUGAGCUGUGCAAAGAACGCGCCAAGGAGCUUAAGCUGGAAGAGAUAAAUGAGGGGAUGUUAUCUAAAUUUGCUAAAGUUUGCGCUGGUGAUCUCUGUCCGAUGAACGGAACAAUUGGCGGCAUAACCGCACAGGAAGUUAUGAAGGCAUGCACUGGAAAAUUUUCACCUCUCUUUCAGUACUUCUGUUAUGAUGCUUUAGAAUGCCUACCGGAAGCCGAAUUGGCCGAGGAAGAGUGUCAGCCUGUUGGAUCGAGAUAUGACGCUCAGAUUGCCGUUUUUGGACGUAAGUUCCAGGACGUUUUGAGCAAGCUUAAGUACUUUAUUGUUGGAGCCGGUGCGAUCGGGUGCGAGUUGUUGAAAAACUUUGCAAUGAUUGGCGUUGGGUCAAGCAAUGAGGGAGAAAUUAUCGUCACCGAUAUGGACCUUAUCGAAAAAAGUAAUCUUAAUCGGCAGUUUCUGUUUCGGCCGCAUGAUGUUCAGCAACCUAAAUCUCGUGUUGCUGCUCAGGCUGUUAAGCGUAUGAACGGGGACAUCAACGUGAUCUCUCACGAGAACCGAGUCGGUGUCGAGACGGAGCAAGUCUAUGACGACACUUUCUUCGAGCGAUUGGACGGAGUGGCCAACGCUUUAGACAAUAUCGACGCACGUAUUUACAUGGAUCGUCGUUGUAUUUACUAUAGAAAACCACUGCUAGAGUCGGGAACACUCGGUACGAUGGGGAAUAUUCAGGUAGUUGUACCAUUCCUCACAGAAUCGUACAGUUCAUCUCAGGAUCCGCCGGAAAAAUCGAUUCCAAUCUGUACGCUUAAGAAUUUCCCAAACGCAAUUGAACACACACUGCAGUGGUCUAGGGAUAUGUUCGAGGGAAUCUUCAAGCAGUCGGCUGCGAAUGCUGCUCAGUAUAUAUCCGACCCGACUUUCAUCGAACGAACGCUUAAGCUGCCAGGCGUACAGCCAUUGGAGGCACUGGAAUCCGUUAAGACUGCCCUUAUCGAUGAGAGACCGAAGAGCAUCGAGGAUUGCGUAAAAUGGGCUCGCAUCCAUUUUGAAGAACAGUAUUCCAAUCAGAUUCGACAGUUGUUGUUUAACUUCCCACCCGAUCAACAAACAACGACUGGGCAAUCGUUCUGGUCCGGGCCGAAACGUUGUCCGGCAGCUAUAACGUUCGAUGUGCAGAACCCGGUGCAUCUGGACUACGUUUUCGCGACGGCUAAUUUGCGCGCGGAAGUCUACGGCAUCCCCCAGCUGCGCGACCGUUCCGCAAUUGCCGAGCUGGUGAAAAAGGUUCAGGUUCCCGUUUUCACUCCCAGAUCGGGUGUUAAAAUUGCAAUCACCGAUGCAGCCAUGCAGGCCGAAGCAAACGGAGCCUCCGGCGAGGAGCUCGACCAGGACCGUAUAACACGUCUGCAAAAGGAGUUGGCUUCGCUGGGUCGCCUUGAUUUCACCAUUACGCCGCUCGAGUUCGAGAAGGACGACGACAAUAAUCUGCAUAUGGAUUUCAUUGUCGCGGCAUCCAAUCUGCGUGCGGCCAAUUACAAAAUUCCGCCCGCAGAUCGGCACAAGUCUAAGUUGAUCGCGGGCAAGAUUAUACCGGCGAUUGCCACCACGACGUCUCUCGUGGCAGGUUGCGUUUCUCUCGAACUGUACAAGCUUGCUCAAGGCUUCAACACGUUGGAACGCUUCAAGAACGGUUUUAUGAAUUUGGCGUUGCCAUUUUUCACUUUCUCGGAACCGAUUGCAGCGAAGAAGCAAACCUACUACGACAAGGACUGGACCCUCUGGGAUCGCUUCGAAGUUCAAGGUGAGCUCACGUUGAAGGAGUUCCUGGAUUACUUCGAGCGAGAACACAAGCUGCAGAUCACGAUGCUGUCUCAGGGCGUCUGCAUGCUCUAUGCAUUCUUUAUGGCCAAGGACAAGAAGGCGGAACGACUGAGCCUAACCAUGUCGGAAGUGGUGCGGCGUGUUUCAAAAAAGAGCAUCGAGCCUCAUAUUCGUGCACUUGUUUUCGAAAUUUGCUGUAAUGAUGACGAGGGUAACGACGUAGAAAUACCCUAUGUGCGUUACUCUUUACCGUGAAGUGUGCUCUCUCCAGAACACACUCAAACUCACACAUAUUUUAAGGAGUUGUUUUAAACACUAACACACGGGCACACAUACACAUCGGAGAAAGAAACUGAACCAAUAACAACAAUUUCAUUAGCAAAAGUGAUUAUAACAUUCAAUUUUUCGGGGUCAUUCUUGUCAUCUGGCUGCAUCCGAAUGGGAAACGAAGGUAUUUAUCUUGAUUUUUGCCUUUGUUUUUCGAUAAAUCGGGCGUUGUCUCCAUGAUUAAAAGGUAAAUCCGAGCCGGCGUAUUCGACUGAAGUAUAUGCCAGUUUACGUAUGAUAUAGAAGUGAUUCUUUUUUAGUUUUUUUUUCAUUUUCAAUUCUUGCCCUCGUGUAUUGAUUGGUUUAUUCACUUUUCUGUAUGCCGUCAUCUAGUUCUCGUUUCUUUAUUCAUUUAUAGUUUGUUCGCCAGUGCGAUGCAUUCUAGCGAGUAUCUCAAUCAUAUGUACUAACAUUAAAUAUGAAGCAAGUAGUAAAAUGAUCUUUGUUGUCUGCCUUUUUGCGAUUUCCAUUGUUGAACAGAACAGAUUUUUCUUCGCAUUACACCUGCAGCAAUGGGACUAUAAACGAAUAAAUUUAAUCACUCCCACACGAUAUAACUAUGGUAUAGGUCUCAACUUUACUAGAUGUGAAUGCAGCAUGAGUGUGUGAUUAAACAACAAAUAAGCUUAUAAAUUCAACGCAAGUCAACCGAAAGUGGAGCAGAUGACCAGGUUUAUGGCAUUUUCGUUUUUGACUGCACUACACUGGUGUAGUCGGUGCUACACUCGUUCAAACUUCGGUGUAAUCAGUCUCUUUUCUUGCAUUAUACUGGUGUAGCCGCAGAUAAAAACGAAAACGCUAUUACAAUCGUUUCAAGUAAUCAAAUUGAUUUAAUAAAUCCUUCUGAUGCAUUGACAUAAUGAUUGACUUAAAAUGAGUAUUUCGAAUGCGUGCUUAUGCUAGAUAUCAUUUUCAACAAAAUAAUAAAUUAUACGUAGGGAAAAUUGGUUUAGUGUUGCACGGGAGUGAUGCACAGAGUAGGAUGUACAAUAGACCUUUCAUAGCGGAUAAAACAUUUCGUUUCAGUGCGAUCGGAACUUUCAAGUGGUUUUUUGAAAAUAAAAAAAUAGAUCUGCAGAUAUGUUAAAUAUAAAACAAAUUCGCUCAUCAGUAACCUCCCCUGGAAAAAAUUCUGAAAAUUGAUUUCUUAUUUUAAAUGUCAAGCUUACUAUCCCGCUCUGAAGAUGAGGUUUAUGAAAUAAAAUUCUUGAUGAACAGAAGUUGUGCCGCGUAGAAAGUCUACUAGACAACAGCUACGCGUCAUCAUGACACGAAAACCCAAAUUUAAAACACGAAAUGAGGGAAAAGAACGAUUAAAAUAGACAUGGGAUGCAGAAAUUAAAAAUGUGAGAGAAGCGAGAAUGCGAGAACGACUAUACGAAAUGAUUAAUAAUAAUUUUUACUGAAUGAUGAGUAGUACUUUAAACAGAACAAUCUACGAUGACAUUUCAUUUGAGAGAUAAAAAAAGGUAAAAAGCAAAGCAAAAAUAUUGUAUUUGAAAAUAAAUUAUGAUCAUGAAA